AUGUCCGAAUCGCCCGCUACUACAACAUUCACACCCUUCACCGGCCGUCGCGUCGCCCUCGUCACCGGAUCAGCACAGGGAAUCGGUCGUGCGAUAGCCCUUCGUCUCGCUAGCGAUGGAUAUUCUAUCGCGCUCGGAGAUAUUGCUGCGAAGGUUGACGCUCUACGGGGGCUUUCGGCUGAGAUCACUGAGACCUUUAAAAUAGACUUAGGAACGGACGCGAAGGAGAAGGAGAAGGAGUGGGAGGCGAGGAAGGUGGUCGUGCUUUGUGUGGAUGUGAGAGAGGAGAGUGAGGUGAAGGAGAUGGUGGAGAAAUGUGUGACUGAAUUGGGUAGACUAGAUAUUAUGGUGGCGAAUGCUGGCGUAAGUUCUUUGCCUCAAGCAAUACAGGACGCAAACCUAGGGGACUACCGACGCGUCUGGUCCGUCAACGUCGAAGGCGCGAUUCUAUGUUAUAAAUAUGCAGCGAUACAGAUGAUCAAGCAAGGCAAUGGCGGGCGUAUCAUUGGGGCUUGCUCUAUGGCUGGCAAGAAAGGUUUCGCCAAUCUUGGUCCAUAUUCUACGUCAAAGUUUGCGGUACGGGCAUUGACGCAAGUAUCUGCGCUUGACCUCGCAAAAUACGGAAUCACGGUCAACGCGUACGCACCAGGUGUCAUUGACACUCCAAUGACAAACUUCCCGGGGCUAGGACUAGAUCCUCUCAAACAGCUCUUGGAAGUACCUAACGCCAAAGUCGGAUACCCAGAAGAUAUCGCUCAUUGGGUUUCGUAUGUGGCAUCUCCUCAGUCACAAUAUAUGACCGGGCAAACUACGUUCUUGGAUGGCGGUUUGUUCUUCGAUUGAGCGUGUCUGCGGGGGAAGUUUGGAGGAAGUUUGAAGUUGUAUGACGAUGUAACUGUACUCGCUCUUGGAAAAUUGGUAUUUUU